AUGAAGACCGACUUCCAGUUUUCCAACCUGCUCGGCACCGUCUACAGCAGAGGGAACCUACUCUUCACUCCAGAUGGCACAUGUCUGCUGUCUCCGGUGGGCAACCGCGUCACCGUCUUCGACCUCGUCAAUUCCAAAUCAUACACGCUCCCGUUUGCGCACCGCCGAAACAUCGCCCGCCUGGCACUGAACCCUCGAGGCAACCUGCUGCUCUCCGUCGACGAAGACGGCCGCGCCAUCCUCACAAACGUCCCCCGCCGAAUCGUCCUCUACCACUUCUCCCUCCGCGGCGAGGUCACGGCACUCGCCUUCUCGCCCUCAGGCCGACACUUCGCAGCAGCCGUCGGCCGCCAGAUUGAAGUAUGGCACACGCCAUCCACACCAGACGUAGCAGAAGGCGACCUGGAGUUCGCGCCUUUUGUGCGACACCGGAUAUACACGGGCCACUAUGACAUCGUCCAGAGCCUCGAAUGGUCCGCCGACUCGCGAUUCUUCCUCAGCGCAUCCAAAGAUCUCACCGCGCGCAUAUGGAGCAUGGAGCAAGAGGAGGGCUUCGUGCACACCACACUGAGCGGACACAGGCAGGCCAUAAUGGGCGCCUGGUUUUCGAAAGACCAGGAGACGAUAUACACAGUCAGCAAAGACGGCGCCCUCUUUGUGUGGAAAUACAUGCUGCGCUACGAUGCGCCCGAGGAUGCCGACGAGGACAACGACGAUAAUCUGCAGUGGGGGAUCGCAGAACGCCACUUCUUCAUGCAGAACGGCGCACACGUCACAUGCGCCGGCUUCCAUCCAGAGUCCAAACUGCUCGUCACUGGCUUCUCCAACGGCAUUUUCUUCAUCCACGAGUUGCCCGACUUUGCGCAAAUACAGAGCCUCAGCAUAUCGCAAAACGACAUCGACUACGUUGCAAUCAACAAGACUGGCGAGUGGCUCGCGUUCGGUGCCUCGAAACUUGGGCAGCUACUCGUCUGGGAGUGGCAAUCCGAAUCAUACAUCCUGAAGCAACAGGGGCACUUCGAUUCCAUGAACUCCAUCGCAUACUCUCCCGAAGGCCAGCGCAUUAUAACAGCUGCCGACGACGGAAAGAUCAAAGUGUGGGACGUCAAUACCGGCUUCUGCGUCGUCACAUUCACAGAGCACAUGAGUGGGGUGACGGCUUGCGAGUUUGCAAAGAGAGGGAACGUCCUUUUCACAGCCAGUCUGGACGGCUCAGUAAGAGCAUGGGAUCUGAUCAGAUAUCGCAACUUCCGCACUUUCACCGCACCUUCAAGGCUAUCCUUUUCUUCUCUGGCAGUCGAUCCAAGCGGUGAGGUGGUAUGCGCAGGAUCCGUCGACUCUUUCGACAUCCACAUCUGGUCCGUUCAGACUGGCCAAUUACUCGAUCGAUUAUCCGGCCACGAAGGGCCUGUGUCGUCACUAGCCUUCUCCCCAGACGCUGGAACACUGGUCAGUGGGAGUUGGGAUAAAACCGUCCGUGUCUGGAGUAUCUUCGCCCGCACACAGACGAGCGAGCCACUGCAACUCAUGGCCGACGUUCUCAGCGUCGCCUUCCGCCCCGACUCGAAGCAAAUAGCAGUCACAACACUCGACGGCCAACUGACCUUCUGGUCUGUGUCCGACGCCGCACAACAAAACGGCAUCGAUGCCCGGCGAGACGUCUCAGGCGGUCGCAAGAUGUCUGAUCGGCGAACAGCCGCCAACGUUGCAGGCACAAAAGCCUUUACAACAGUGAGAUAUAGCGCAGAUGGUACUUGUGUUCUCGCAGGUGGCAACAGCAAGUACAUCUGCCUGUAUGAUGCACAAUCGGGUGUUCUUCUAAAGAAAUAUACCGUCUCCGUCAACCUCACCCUUGAUGGCACACAAGAGUUUUUGAACAGCAAACUGCUCACCGAUGCUGGGCCGCAGGGCCUCAUCGACGACCAGGGCGAAGCCUCAGACCUCGAAGACCGACGCGAUACCACACUUCCUGGCGCACAAAAGGGUGUCGGCGCACGACGAACACGACCGGAAGUCCGCGUCCCAGCGGUAGCAUUCUCACCCACAGGACGCGCGUUCUGCGCUGCAUCGACAGAGGGGCUGCUCAUCUACUCGCUAGACAACACCUUCCAAUUCGACCCCUUCGACCUCGACAUCAGCGUCACACCCAGCACUACACUCGAAACCCUCGCACAGAAAGAAUACCUAAAAGCUCUAGUAAUGGCCUUCCGUCUUAACGAACGCACCCUCAUCCGCCGCGUCUACGAGGCCACGCCCAUCUCCGACAUUCCGCUCGUCGUCAAAGAUUUACCACCCGUAUAUCUCGGCCGUUUACUACGCUUCGUUGCCGUCCAGGCAGACGAGUCGCCGCAUUUGGAAUUCAACCUGGUGUGGAUCGAAGCACUGCUGAGCAAGCACGGUCGAUGGAUGAAGGACAACAAGGCAGGGCUUGAGGCAGAGUUGAGGAGUGUGGAGAAGGCGGUUAGAAGGAUUCAAGCCGAGCUGGCGCGGUUGGCCGAUGAGAAUGUUUACCGCAUCGAAUAUCUACUUGCGCAGCCUGUAGAGAAGAAGGAAAAGCAGAGGUUGUUAGAUUUUGGGGUCAAAGAGAUAGGGAAUGCAGAUGUGGGGGAUGAUGAAGAGAUGGAGGAUGGAGAGGAUGAGGGGGAUUGGUUGGGAUUCGAUUAG